ACGACGCGUGACGGCCAGUUGUUUUCAUCUCAGAAAUGACGUAAUCUAGACUAUGGAAUGAUUACUUUUCUCUUCUCUUGCAUUAAGAAAAAAAUUUCAUCUCUCCCUCGCUGCUGUAUUAUUAUUUGAUUAAAUCUUGCAGAGACAGAUGACAGAGACAGAGAAAUCUCCUCUGCUCAUUCCAAGUUCUACAACGGUGUUACUCGGGUGUAGUCAAGAUAAGCCUGCAAGUCAUGAAUCCGAUUAUGAUCGUAAAAUAGAAUUAAAAGCUUUUGAUGAUUCAAAGGCUGGUGUGAAGGGAUUAGUAGAUUCUGGACUCAACAAAAUCCCAUUUAUUUUCAUUGAUAACAAAGCCAACCUCAACUGCCACCACCCCACUAAAUCACUUGAUUCUUCGCAGUUGAGUAUUCCAAUCAUAGACCUCAAACCCGUCGAUCAACCUACACAGAGUAUUGUUAACCAAAUUCAAAGUGCUUGUGAGAAAUGGGGUUUCUUUCAGAUAGUCAAUCAUGGAAUUCCGGAGAGUGUUUUGGAUGGUAUGAUUGAUGGGAUACGCAGGUUUCACGAAGCAGACAGUGAGAUCAAGAAACAGUAUUACUCCCGCGAUAUGAGUAGAAAGGUGAGGUAUUUCAGCAACUUUGAUUUGUAUGCAAAACAAGUAGCUAAUUGGAGGGACACUCUUAGAUGUCGCAUGGCACCUUCCCCUCCUGAACCCCAAGAGAUACCUCAACUCUGCAGAGAAAUAAUCAUGGAUUACUCAAAGCAAAUAAUGGAGUUAGGCUUUGGCAUGUUUGAGUUGCUAUCAAUGGCCCUUGGACUUAACCCCAGCCAGUUGAAAAAUAAGGGUUUUGCAGAGGGUCUCCUCCUCCUAGCUCACUACUAUCCGCCCUGCCCCGAACCAGAAUUAACCAUGGGCACUAGCAGCCACUCUGACAGUAGCAUCUUCACCAUACUUUUGCAGGAUCAAGUAGGUGGUUUACAAGUUCUUCAUGAGAAUAAAUGGGUUGAUGUUCCUCCUAUACCUGGGGCUCUUGUGGUAAAUCUCGGUGAUCUUAUGCAGCUUGUUUCAAAUGACAGAUUCAAAAGUGUUAAUCACAGAGUAAUAGCUAAAAACAAAGGCCCAAGAAUCUCUGUGGCGUCUUUUUUCGUGAUGGAAGAGGAUGGCUCAAGAGUUUUUGGGCCAAUCAAGGAAUUGCUGUCGGAAGACAACCCGCCAGUCUACAGAGAAGUCCCUCUUCAAGAUUAUUUGACACACUACAACUCCAAAGGGUUGGACGGGACAUCUUCGCUCUCCGGGUUCAAGAUAUAAUUACGCCUUUCACUGUGUAUGUGGUGAAUAGUUGGAUUCCUAUUACCUGGCAAUCAAGCAAGAGAGACGUCAUAUGUAUCUAUGAUGUUCAAACUCAGGCUGUGCUUGGAAUAAUUUCAGAAAAGUUAUGAAAUGUAGUUUGUAUCUACCACUCGUCGGUUAAUCCCCCAUAAUCAGGGUGCUAAAGGUGUUGUUCAAUAAGCAUGCGAUUUCAUUCUGGAAGAAUAAUAAACUAGUCGAUUGGUUUAUGAA